UUGAUUUGUCAAUUUGAGACUUCUUUUUUCUCUCUCUUCUAUUUAUGAGUUGUGAUCACAUUACUAUUUCCUCCCCUCAAUUCUAUUGAACAAAUCAACUUGUACUCUCAUAUUCUCAACCUUUUGAAAAAAAAGAACCUAUCAAGUUUUACAAGAAUGUCGUGGCAAACAUACGUAGAUGACCACUUGAUGUGCAACAUCGAAGAAACCGGCAACCACCUCACCUCCGCCGCUAUCGUUGGCCUCGACGGAAGCGUUUGGGCUCAAAGCGCCGCCUUCCCUGAGUUCAAGAAAGAAGAGAUGGAUGGUAUCCUUAAAGAAUUUGAGGAACCAAAUACUUUGGCUCCCACUGGUCUUUUCCUUGGAGGAGCAAAAUAUAUGGUUAUUGCAGGAGAGCCUGGAGCUGUUAUUCGUGGGAAGAAGGGACCAGGUGGUGUCUGUAUUAAGAAGACUGGCCAAGCUCUAGUGUUCGGAAUCUAUGACGAGCCGGUUGCUCCUGGACAGUGCAACAUGGUGGUCGAAAGGUUGGGUGACUACCUUGUUGAACAGGGCCUCUAGGCUCAAACACCAUUCAAUAUAUACAUCAUAAGGACUAUCAAGCUAAUAUUGUUCUAUUUGGGGAUAUAAAUUAUCUUGUUCUUUAAACUUUUUUCUUUUGUUGGUGUUUUGGGUUACAAGUUUGCAUACAUUCCUGUGUUGUACUAGGUGUGGAGUUGUUAUGCAAACAAUAACAGUGUGAAAACAUAGACUUUGGAGUUAGGUUUUGUCAAUUACUAUAAUUUAUGAGUUUGUUUUCUUUCUAUUCAUUUCAUUGUGUAUACCAUUGCCUUUAGGCAUGGUUUCUAUUUAUAAGUUUGCCUUUUACAUGUGACAUUGGAUUUUUUGCUUUUAAUGUCAUGAAAAAUUAUAUA